CCCUAAUGAGCCUAAAUGCCCGAUGGCUAUGAUCUGUUUUCGGUAGCUAGCCUGCUUCAAGCUUCAGUACAGCAGCACACCCCCAUUCUCGCACAACCGCGUUGCCUUCGCAUCCUCGCCAGGCUCCAGCGCAGCCGUGCAUCCUCGCCUUGCGUGGUUGGGCUUCAUCCCGCAGCCUGCUGUGCGGCCUGCGCCUCUUCCACGCACCUCUUGCAGUGGGCAGGCUUCCUCCCGCGGCCAGCAGCAGCCUUCCGUGGCCAACCCGAGUACUGGGUAGCAACUGUAGACUCACAAAACACACGAGUACCAAUCGCCACCGUAGAGCACAUCGGUAUCGACUCACCAGCGCAGACCACACUAGCACCAGUCCAAUUUGGCAAGGCACAAUUGAGCACUCCACUCCAGUCUCCACUGCCCUGUUUGCAUCGUAUUGACAGCAGUCCCGCCUUCACCACCGGCCCACGACAUGACUAGCGAACACCUGUGACCCAACUAGUGCACUGUCCAUUAAAGUUUUGAAGAUUACAUGCGGUAGAGAGGAAGAGCCAAAGAGUUCCAAUGGCGGGAUCUCGAGCUCAAGUUAAUAAACCCCAUAAAAGCCGCUUCUCAUCAAAAUCUUCUCGCCAUCUUCAUAAAACUUCUCUCAAAGAUAAGGGCAAGAUUGUGAAGUCAGAGCGGAAUGUUGCCAAGGGAGCUCGAGCUGCUCGAAUUCAACGUAACAAGAUGGUUCGGGAGCAGAAACGAGCUGCACUUUUGAAAGAGAAGAGAGCCUCAUGUGGAACAACGAGCCCUCCUCGUGUUAUUGUUCUUUUUGCCCUCACUGCUUCUGUCAACUUGAAUUCUCUUGUGGAAGAUAUUUUGACGUUAUUAUCUUCUGAUGGUUCUGGAGGAUUGUUUCCAACAGCUGCUUCUUCUGAGUACAAGCUGAGAACAACGGUAUUGAAAGCACCUUAUGGGGAUUUGUUGUCAUGCAUGGAAAUGGCUAAGGUUGCUGAUCUGAUUGCUUUUGUAGCAUCAGCUGGCUUGUCCUGUGAAGAAAGCAUGUCCAACUAUAUUGAUUCAUUUGGGACUCAAUGCCUUUCUGUUUUUAGGUCUCUUGGCUUGCCGAACACUGUUGUGUUGAUUCGUGAUCUACCAAAUGAUACAAAAAAAAGACAUGAGCUGAAGAUGUGCACUUCUAGCCUUGCUUCUGAGUUUCCUGAGGAUUGCAAGUUUUAUCCAGCGGAUACAAAUGAUGAGUUGCACAAGUUCAUGUGGCUUUUCAAGGAGCAAAGAAUCGUUGCUCCUCAUUGGCGAAACCAACGACCUUACCUCAUGGCUGAGAAGGUUGAAAUAGUACCUGAUGAUUGCAACACUGCAAAAUGUACGCUCCUUCUCACCGGUUAUUUGCGUGCUCGCAGUCUCUCAGUGAAUCAGCUGGUUCAUGUUGCUGGUGUGGGGGAUUUUCAAUUGGGCAAAAUUGAAGUUUUGAAGGAUCCAUUCCCUUUGAACGCGAGAAAAGAACCAGAUGUGAUGGAUUCGGAUGAAGUACAUGAUGGAGAGGUCAUUUGCUCCUUGGUACCUGAUCCUUUGAAGCAAGAACCUCUGCUUGUUGAAAAUGUUCCAGAUCCUCUUGCGGGAGAGCAGACCUACCCAACAGAGGGAGAAAUGGCUGAGGCAGAAAAAAACCAGAGACUGAAAAGGCAGAGAAAGAGGACCCUUCCUCAAGGCACUUCAGAAUACCAGGCUGCUUGGAUUUUGGAUGGUACAGAUGGAGAGGAUUCGGAAAGAGACCAUGACAGUGAUUUAGAUGGUAUGGUAUUGGAUGAAGGACAAAGUGGUUUUCCUGGUCAAGAGAGCACUGGUAAUUUGGACGUCGAUGAUGACCAAGCUUCUCUUUCACUGAACUUGAGGGAUUCAGAUGAAGAAACUGAAGUUGAUUCAAUGAUGGUGGAAGAUGAAAACCUAACAAGGCAACAGAUAGAGGAUGAGAUAAAAAAAAUUAAAGAUGCGCAUGCUGAAGAUGAAGAAUUCCCAGAUGAAGUUGACACUCCAUUGGAUGUUCCUGCUAGAAAGCGUUUUGCGAAGUACAGAGGCCUCAAGUCAUUUCGGACCUCAUCUUGGGACCCCAAAGAAUCUCUGCCAUCAGACUAUGCUAGAAUUUUCGCUUUUGAUAAUUUUGCAAGGACACAAAAAUAUGUUCUUGCAAAAGAUCUUGAUAAGGAGCAAGGGAGCAGGGAUGAUUGUAUACCGCCUAGCACAUAUGCAAGGCUUCAUAUAACAGACAUCUCUGUUGGUGUUGCUUCCAAAUUAUGCAUACUUGCAAAGACAGUGCCUGUCAUAACCUGUGGCCUCUUGCAGCAUGAGUCCAAAAUGUCUGUACUUCACUUUAGCGUGAAGAAACAUGACACAUACAGUUCCCCUAUCAAAGCCAAAGAAGAACUAUUAUUUCAUGUUGGUUUCCGCCAAUUUGUUUCAAGGCCAAUAUUUUCUUCCGACAAUAUCAAUUCAGACAAGCACAAGAUGGAGAGAUUUCUUCAUGCAGGUCGUUUUUCAGUAGCAUCAAUUUACGCUCCAAUUUCUUUUCCACCUCUUCCUUUAAUAGUCUUGAAGAGUGUAGAGGGGGCUGCAACACCUGCUGUUGCUGCUGUUGGCUCGUUGAGAUGUAUUGAUCCAGACAGAAUAAUUCUGAAGAAGAUUGUUUUAACUGGAUACCCGCAACGUGUUUCAAAAUUGAAAGCCUCAGUAAGAUAUAUGUUUCAUAACCCAGAGGAUGUGGUAUGGUUCAAGCCUGUGGAAGUCUGGACAAAAUGUGGUCGACGUGGUCGCAUCAAGGAACCAGUUGGCACACAUGGUACGAUGCUCAUAAAUUUUGAAAAGCAAAUAGGUUGCUUAUUUCAUAUAAAAAAACAAAAUGAAGGGCAAAAGAAUAAGUACGAAUAUUUUUUUCAAAAAUUCCUGUUUUUUGUCACCCACCACUUUCUUUGCAGUGUGUUAUUGGAUAUUCAUGCAUUCAAGUUUGCGCGCUUUUUCAGCUUCUUGUGCACAGUGUUCUGUGCUUGGAUAAAAAUGGCCCCUGUAUACUUUACUGUCUUCUCGAAAAAUGCUCAUUGAAAAAUUUGAAUUGGUUAGAUAAUGUGCUUGAAAUUUUGGUGGUUUUCACAUGUAUUUUGGAUUUGGGGGAUGGUCAAUAAUGACUAACCUCCUCUGUUUCUCGUGCAGGGGUAAUGAAAUGUAUCCUCAAUGGGGUACUCCAGCAGCAUGACACAGUAUGCAUGAGCUUGUACAAGCGCACAUAUCCCAAAUGGCCAGAACAUAUAUAUCCGAUUUUUGAUGCAUGAUUGAUGAAGCGGGGGCUGCUGCUGAGUUGCUUGGUUUGGUCCUGGAAACACAGGAGAAUCUCUGUUUUGAAUCGAUGGGAAUGAAGCUCUGGUUCUGAUAAGUUUUUUUUUUUUUUCUUUUUUUUGGGUAACUGGUGAGACUGUAAGACGCAUGCAGUUGAGCAACAUGGGUGUAUAGUAUCCGCUUGACAACUUCCGGAAUUUUAGCCCGAGAGGGUAUGCUGUGUCCUGCACCUUUUAUGAAAUGUUAUGUAUUUGUGAACUGAAAUUUUGAAUUGAUGACUUGUAUCAUCAGUUUAGCGGGGAGAGAACAUUUUUGCAAGAAUAUUUCUUAAUUUUGAACUAUCCAUUAUAUUGCAUUUUUA